AUUUAAAUUAAUGAAGAAAGCUAAAGGAGGUGACUUUAAUUUUGCUUCAAGAGCUUAAAAGAUAGAGAAACUAGAGUUUCCAUAAUCUACUGAAGAACGUUUCAUUGUAAAAGCUAAUAAAGAUGUAUUUAUAAUUACACUUCAAUUUUAGGGAGUUGGAUUCUAAUGGAAAACUUAUGAUGAAAAAUUAUUAGGAAGAAACAUAGAUAAAGGGACUUUUGAUAAUACUGUGGCUGAAGCUACACGUAUUUGUAGAAAUUUAUGGAGAGAAAAACAAAGAGAAGAACAUAAAGAUCCUACUAAGGCUUAUUAACCACUUUUAUAUGUUUCUGUUUUCUUGAUUCUCUUGGCUUUUGUAUUUCUUUUAGUUUUAAUUUAUGGAAAUAGAGAUAAAUUAGCAUUGCUUUAUGUUGCAGUAGCUAUUUUAUGUUUAGCUGCAUGUAUUUGUUAAUAUUAUUAAGUGCUUACUUUAAUCGUUGUUGCUAAAACUUGGAGUUUAGAACCCUAAUUUAUGGACUUAGAGAAAGUAUAGCUCAAUAAAGUGACUGAAUACUUAAAUAAUCAAAAUGGAUAAAUUUAUUAAAGCAAAGGAUAUAAAUGGUAGGUUGAACCUAAUCUUUAUUGGAUUGAAUUGGUUUCCAUUUGAAUAAAUAUAAUUAUAUAAUAUAUAUAUUAAAAUAUGUUAGUCUACAUUAUAAUCCAUAAAGACUUUUCUCAUCCAUCAGUCGACAAGGACACUUUUCAGUUAGAUGUUGAAUCUACCAUUUCAAUCGAGGAUCUCAAGGUACCAAAUACAUUCAAAGGGGAAGGUUUUAAUUACUUUAAGAUAUAUCGAUUUGGGUCCAGAUGACUUUGAUUUAAUUCAAGAAUAAAAUAAUUCCAAAUUAGUUAAUAAAUCCAAAGUACAUGAGUUAUUGUUAGGACCAGAUAUUCCAAUGAGAUUUGUGAUGAUCCAAAAAUAAAAAGGAUGUUGCUGCAUUGUAUUUUGAGAC